AUGACAUCCGUGCAAGACUCCGUCAUCUUCGGCAACAUCCUGUCGACGCACGAGUCGGCGGCCAUCUGGUCCGACAAGACGCGCACGCAAUGCUACCUCGCGUUCGAGGGCGCGCUGGCCAAAGCCCAAGCCCGGCUGGGCAUCAUCCCGCAAAAGGCCGCCGACGAGAUCAUCGCCUUCUGCCUGAACAUCCGGAACGUGAACUUUGACGAGCUCCGCCAGCAGACCGAACUCGUCGGAUACCCCGUGCUGGGCGUGGUCAAGCAGCUGGUCCGCCACGUCAACGGCGUGGAACCGGGGCUGGGCGAGUGGGCGCACUGGGGCGCCACGACGCAGGACGUUACGGACACGGCGACGGUGAUCCAGCUGUGGGACACGCUGAGCCUGUUCGAGAAGCAGCUCGAGGCCAUCAUUGCGUCCCUGCGCGCCCUGGCCGACGCGCACAAGGCCACGCCCAUGGCGGCGCGGUCGAACCUGCAGCACGCCGUGCCCAUGUCGCUCGGCUUCAAGCUCGCCAGGCUGCUGGCCACGUUCCUGCGGCACAGGGAGCGGUUGAAGGACGUGGAGACGCGGCUGACCGUGCUGGAGUUCUCGGGCGCGGCGGGGACGUUGGCCACGCUGCCCCCGACCGUGGACGAGCCGCUGUUGGGCCUGGAGUGUCAGCGGGAGUUGGCCAAGGAUCUGAACCUCAAGGUCCCGGAGAUUGCGUGGCACACCGAGCGGGAUCGCUUUGCCGAGUUUGGAUCCCUGUGCGCCAUGCUGACGAGCACGUGCGCCAAGUUUGCCCUGGACGUCAAGCUGAUGAUGCAGACCGAGGUGGCCGAGCUGUCGGAGCCGUAUGUGCCGCAUCGCGGGUCCAGCAGCACGAUGCCGCAGAAGCGCAAUCCCAUCUCGUGCGCGUACAUCACCGCCAUGGCCGCCACGGUCCGGCAGUUGAGCACGAGUCUCUUCGAGGCAAUGGUCGGCGAUCACGAGAGGAGCACGGGACCCUGGGAGAUUGAAUGGAUUGUGCUGCCGCAGAUAUCGACGCUGACUCACGCGUCGUUGAAGCAGACUUCGGAACUUAUCGCCGGGCUGGAAGUGCAUGAGGAUGCCAUGAAGAAGAACCUCGACAUUUCAAGGGGCGGGAUCGUGAGUGAAGCGGUGAUGAUGGGCUUGGGGAAGACCCUGGGCCGCCAGUAUGCCCAUGAUGUGGUGUAUGAUCUGUGUCGCACGUCACAGGUGGAAAAUCGACAGUUGCUGGAUCUACUCUGCGAGCACGAGGAAAUCAGCAAGAAGAUGAGUAGGGAGGAGCUGGCUAAACUGUGCGAUCCUGCCAGCUACCUAGGAUACAGUGAAGCUAUGGUUCAGCGGGUCUUGAAGCUUGCCGACGAGCCCCGAAAGGAUCCGCCGCCGAGUCUCGUCUGA